UUGUAUGCGAUCAUUGCAUUUUCCCUGGGAUCAGGGGGGUUGAUUCCAGCUGGAGAAGGUGGUCUCUGGCCCUUGUGGUGUUUUCUCAUUUGGGAGAGCAGUCUUCUGGCCUAACUCCUGCUGGAGUCUCCCCCUCUUACGUGGUGACAUGCCUGAAAGAUCAGGGAAGGAGAGAAUCGGUAACUUUUUGUUGUCUGAAGCUGGGCCCUAAGCAGGUGCUGCUUAGGUCGAAGGCUCUUCCUUCUCUCAGGGACCCCGAUCUGUUGCUUUGCUUUGCAGAUCUGGAGGCCUUCCAUUCUGUCUACCGAGCCUCUGUUAUCAACCGUGCGAGCUGCCAGCCCCAGCUGACCCUGGAGGAACUUUUGCCUGCCUCCACCCCUCCCCAGGCCCUGGACCUUCUGAAACAGCUCUUGGUGUUUAACCCUGAGAAGCGGAUAACGGCAGAGGAGGCGCUGGAGCAUCCCUAUGUGCAAAGGUUCCACUGUGCUGCCAAAGAACCUGCUCUAGACUACAAUGUGACCCUUCCUCUUGCUGAUGAUGUGCAGCUCUCGGUGGCUGAGUAUCGCAAUCGAGUUUAUGAGCUGAUCUUGGAAUGGAAGGCCAGCAACCAAGCUCAGAAGCAGCACCUUCAAAGAGAGCAGUCUGGUUCCACAGAUGCCAGUUCCCCUCUCAAAGCCCACUGUCUGAUGCAGGGAGAGACACAGCCUCUUCCAUCGCGUGGGUCUCCUCCGCUUUGGGGAGUUGUGGCGGCUUCCCAGCGAAGAGUGAAUGAGGCAAGAAAUGCUUGCCCAAAGCCAAAGUUCAGCUCCACAGUCUGCAGUCCUACGGUUAAUGCAGCUGCCCAAAGUAAGUGCAUUCUCCUAUCAAAGGUGUUAAAGGUAUAGUGAAAUAUGGCAA